CUUCUUUUCUUUGUCUACCACAUAUCCAGUACCAUCACCUCCUAAGACCCUGCAAGCCUGCAUCGAGAUAUUGCUUUGCUUGAUAGAGCUUCUUUCUUUUGGCAUUGAUUUUGUUCCUUUGGAUAAGAUCGCUGCACCAACAGUCUAACGCCUCCAACAAAGAGGUUUUGUUUUCUCUGUUGGUCAAUUAGAUACCUACAGCGACCGUCCACCCCUCACGCGACCAUCAUCCAUUCUUCCUUCCGCCCAACAAUUCAGAAAGAAGCAACAAAGCAAAGCAAAAUAGGGUUUCGCAAAACUCCGCGCCCCCCCUCGUAUUUCUAUCAUUCACUACUACCUCCGUAUCUUAUUCCCGUCAAUCUCUUCUUUUCUCUUUAAGAAACCAUUGAAACCUUCAAACCUCCAAGAGUCACAGUUCCCUCGUCAUUGCCGUUGCGGCUAUCUAUUCGCUGCGCUACUACACAAAGAAGGCAUAAAAACCAAGCUGUUUCCUCUCCAAGUGUAAGUGGGCAUGACCCGUUGACGUUGGCACCCUUGUCCCGCUGCUCCAAAGACCAUCCUCUCCCCCCGCUUCUCCAACCAACCCGAAACGACCCGCGCUCCCCCCCGUUUCGUGACAACCUCACAAGGAAUCCCCCAGCCUGCAAACAAAAAGACCGCCUUACUAUCUAUUUCGAAAAUACCUUUCAAUCCAAUUAAAACCCAGUUGAUUGGUCUCGGAAAGUCGGUGUAGCAUUGGGAGCGGACUUCAGGCGCUGCAGAGUUUCGUUAGGAAGCCAGCUUCCCGAGGCGUCCGACUAAAACAGUCGCACACUUACCGCCAAGGACUGGACAUCCGUUGGACCGCCCAGAUUAGCUCCCGUAAAUUGCCGAGCCGACUUACACCUCUGGGCGGCCCAACGGCCUUGGCUGAUGAUCCCGCGGUUCAACACCAUGUAUAGCACUAAGCUUGCAACGAAGCUCACCCUGGCCUGUCACAAUAAGCCAAUGCAGAGUCACUGCAGAGUCCGUACUGUUCAUAUCUGGGAAAUAUGCAAUGGGACAUAAUACGCCGCUACCGGUCUACUACUGGCGCUCCCGUGGAGCCGACGCUUUGGGAAUGUUGAUACUAACUCCCCGGUGUCAAUUCUCACUAGAUCCCUGCUUGCAAUCUCCGUUCCCAACGUUAACUGUGCUUCCUCAACCCUUAAGAAGAAGCCCGCCUCGCAUAAUAGGAGCUGGUCCCAUUGUUGACGAGACACCUGGUUCCUUUCGCUUCUGCCCGCUCAGUGGUUAGCACUUACAUUUCUUUCUUGAAUCGCUCAUAAACUCUCGAUCCACCAUUUCUCAGUCUUCGACUUCCUAGACAUCAUGUCAAAUAGUAUCAAACAGGCGGCUGAAGCAGUUCGAUCCAGAACAUCAGAAGUUAUGGGUGGCGCAGGAAAGGGAUCUGGAGGCGAGACCGCAGCGGUUGCCAAUGACUUCCUGCAUACGCCUUUUAUGCGCGCCGCAUUACCAUUCCUGAAUGGUGGUGCCGCCGGCAUGGUUGCCACCACAGUCAUCCAGCCUGUCGACAUGAUCAAAGUCCGACUCCAACUUGCCGGCGAAGGCAUAGCUGGCGGCGUCAAGCCAACACCGCUCUCCGUUACGCGCGACAUUCUCGCCAGUGGCAGGGCUUUGGACCUCUACACAGGACUCUCGGCCGGUCUCCUUAGGCAAGCCGUAUACACAACGGCGCGCCUGGGUUUCUUUGACACAUUUAUGGGCACGCUUACCGCAAGGGCAAAGGAAAGUGGAUCGGCGAUUGGCUUCAAGGAGCGAGCUGCAGCAGGCCUCUCGGCAGGUGGUCUCGCGGCUAUGAUUGGCAAUCCGGCAGACCUUGCCCUUAUCCGCAUGCAGAGCGACGGACUUAAGCCCAAGGAGGCGAGGCAAAACUACAAGUCAGUAAUAGAUGCACUGGCGCGCAUCACAAAGAAUGAGGGGAUCGCAGCACUCUGGUCGGGCGCAACGCCAACGGUGGUGCGAGCCAUGGCUCUCAACUUUGGACAGCUCGCCUUUUUCAGUGAAGCCAAGGCGCAACUCAAGAGCAGGACCGAGUUGAACCCCCGUGUGCAGACCCUCACUGCCAGUGCGGUUGCCGGAUUCUUUGCCUCUUUCUUCUCGUUGCCCUUCGACUUUGUCAAGACAAGACUGCAGAAACAACAGCGCGGCCCCGACGGAAAACUUCCGUAUAAGAACAUGAUUGACUGCUUCGGCCAGGUGGCCAAGCAGGAGGGCCCGUUGAGAUUCUACCGUGGUUUCUGGACCUACUAUGUUCGCAUUGCCCCACAUGCGAUGGUCACCCUGAUCGUUGCCGAUUAUUUGGGCUGGAUAACAAAGUAAACCCGCGAGAGCCUGGUCUUUGUUUGUGAUGUGGCUUCGUUGCAGCAUUUUCAAUGGUUAUUUAUUGGGUUGGUAUGUCUUGUUGUCUCUGCUUGCUGUGUGAGAUUGGAGUUUAGGCAGAUCGAGUCUUUGUUUUUAUUUUUGCUUAUCAGGUUUGGGGGGUAAAGAGACCGAAGAUCAUGUUUAUACUCUUUUUGGAAGUCCUAACAUGAACACGAGACCGUGAUUUAUAUAAAAUCAUUACCUAUACCUCAAAAAUAUAGACCGAAAAGGUAGAUUGGUUCCAUAUUUUCGAAUUUGUCGCCAAA